AUGAGUUUCUGGCGCUCGAUGCUAUGCAACGGCCGUAUUCUAGGAUAUCUGCUCAUUGAAUUCUCGAGCGUGACUGUGAGUACGAGCCUUUAUGCGACUCUUCCUUUGCACAUCCAAGAGAAUUUUAAAUGGGACCUAAGUGCUACCGGACUGCUGUUUGCAGGUAUUACUGUUCCAGAUAGCUUGAUCAGUCCCCUCGCUAGUUGGGUCCGUGACAGGAUUGGGGCACGAUACCCAGCAGCAGUCGGCUUUAUUGUUCAGGCAUAUUCCUAA